GUUCAGACCUCUGGUGGGGAAGGCUACCCUGGGUUCCAUCACGGCUGUAGAGUUCUUCUCUGACAGACAACUGGACUUCCUCUCUGACCACGGAGCAUACCAGCCCUACCAGGAUGAAGUGGACAGUUUGAGUCCUGUUCUCAGGGACAACCCUCAGCUUCAUGAAGAGGUCAGGUUCUGGCUCAAAGAUCAAAAGGUUCAGGAAAUUUUUAUGCAAGGUCCCUAUUCAUUAAAUGGCUACCGGGUCCGUGUUUACAGACAAGACUCAGCUACUCAGUGGUUCACAGGGAUCAUCACACAUCAUGACCUCUUCAGCCGUACUAUGGUUGUGAUGAAUGACCAGGUUCUAGAGCCCCAGAACGUUGACCCGUCUACGAUACAGAUGACCUUUCUAGACGAUGUUGUCCACUCUCUGCUGAAAGGAGAGAACAUCGGCAUCCAGUCCAGACGCAGGUCCCGUUCCAGCAACAACCAGAACAACUCUGCCCACGGUCACUACACCCGCGCCCAAGCCAACAGCCCCAGACCAGUCAUGAACUCCUCUGGUGGUGCGGUGAAGCAGGGGUCAGGGGUCACCACCCAGCAGCAGCAGGGUCAAGGUCAGGGCGGGUCCCAGAGCCAGCAAGCUCCAGCGCAGCACUCCCCUUGCCAGGGACAGACACAGCAGCAACGUGGCCCUCGCUUCUCCAGGAGGAAGGGAUCUGACAGCAGUGUCCCUGAUGAUGACACCAAGGGCAAAGAAGACAAACUGGACAGCAACGAGAGAGCAAGGAGUGGAGACUUGUCUAAAAGUAUGAGCAGCAAGCAGAUGGCUGUGAACAAGCGGAGGAAAGCGGAGGAGGAAGAGGAGAAGAAAUCAGGUUUGAAAAGACUGAAAACCGAGACGACAGUGAGGUCAGACUUCUCUGAGGGCAGUGACUCUGAGAUGUCUACCAAGAGAACCAGGACGGCAGACUCCUCCUCUGAGGAGGAGCUAAAAGGAAAGGCCGGCCAGGAGCGGCACAAGACCCAGGGUUCUAAGACUGGGAAGGAGUCUGCUCUGAUAGGCUGUCUCUCCCCCUGGGGUGAGGAGCUUCAGAAGGCGGAGUCUCAGCCGUCGUCAGCCGACAGGGAGCAGAGGUCAUCCCAGCGACAGGGGGAGCGGUCUCCCCUGCAACAGCAGCAGCCCCCUCCCCUGGCCUCCUCCUCCCUGGGCUCUGCCCCCUCUGAGGGCCAAGGGGAGGGCAUCAUAGAGACCAACAGCACUAUGAAAGCCCCCUCCCAGACCCAUCCCCAGUCCAAGGACCAGUACACCAGCGUUGGGGUGGCCACCAGGACCCAGACCCCCUCUCAGUAUGUAAUCGACAUCACAGCAGAGGACGCUAACGCACACAUGGCCUCCCAGGAGAACUCUGAGGCCGUCUCGGCCCUGCUGGCCUCCCAGAAUCCAUCUGAGCCCUCCUACAUCUCUGAGCCCAGCAGACAUUUGGUGCUAAACCCCCCUGUGUCCCCUUCCUCUCCCCUUCGUAAGAGCCCCUCAGAGUGUAACCUACGGAACCAGCCUCCCUCGGUGUCAGAGUGUAACCUACGGAACCAGCCUCCCUCGGUGUCAGAGUGUAACCUACGGAACCAGCCUCCCUCGGUGUCAGAGUGUAACCUCACGGAACCAGCCUCCUUCGGUCCUCCCUCGGUGUCAGAGUGUAACCUACGGAACCAGCCUCCCUCAGUGUCAGAGUGUAACCUACGGAACCAGCCUCCCUCGGUGUCAGAGUGUAACCUACGGAACCAGCCUCCCUCGGUGUCAGAGUGUAACCUACGGAACCAGCCUCCCUCAGUGUCCGAGUGUAACCUACGGAACCAGCCUCCUCGGUCCUCCUCGGUGUCCGAGUGUAACCUACGGAACCAGCCUCCCUCGGUGUCCGAGUGUAACCUACGGAACCAGCCUCCCUCGGUGUCAGAGUGUAACCUACGGAACCAGCCUCCCUCAGUGUCCGAGUGUAACCUACGGAACCAGCCUCCCUCGGUGUCAGAGUGUAACCUACGGAACCAGCCUCCCUCGGUGUCAGAGUGUAACCUACGGAACCAGCCUCCCUCAGUGUCAGAGUGUAACCUACGGAACCAGCCUCCCUCGGUGUCAGAGUGUAACCUACGGAACCAGCCUCCCUCGGUGUCCGAGUGUAGGAAGCCAGAGAUAGAGCAGCAGCACAUAGCAGGGAGCCUGGGCAGUAAGAUAGGGUUUGUCCAUUCAGUGGUGAUCAGACCUAUAACAUCAGUCAGUGAGUCUGCUGCUGUAGCAGAGAGAGAGAAGGUUCAGCAGCAGCUAUAUUCCUCCAUGGUGCCCUGCAUUAAGAACGCCUCAUUGGCUGACGAGGCCAGGAAGUGGCACAAGCUAAGCCCCUCCCCUGAUGUCCCCAAGCCCCUCCCCUCCCCAGAGGCCCUGAAGCCUAAGCCCCUCUGCUCCUCUGACAUCAUCAAGUCUAAAACACACAGUGUUCUGGAGACUGGGUCUAAACCCAAACCCCUCACCUCCCCGGAGGUGUCCAAGCAUAAAGUCCGUUACCCGGACAACCCCCCUCGCUCCAGCUUUAAGCCCGUCCUGGCCCGAGGGACAGCGUCGCCAGGUUCUUGCACUAAGAGCCCGCUAAUCAUUGAUAAGAAGGAGCUUUUCACCGUGUACCGGGACCCUGCGCUGGUCCGUCCCGACCAGGAGUCCAACCACGUGUCCUAUCUGCACCCCCAGCUCCACCCCCACCACCUCACCUCUCACCUCCUGCCCUCCUCCCACUCCCACCACCUCCUCUCCGGGGUGCUCUCUGGCCUGCCUCCAGGCCCCCUGCUGGGGGGUCAUCCCCGUCUAGACUCCUCAGGGCUGGGGCACCUGGGUCUAGCCCAACACCCCCAGCCCCCUGGAUCCCUGCUUUCCCAGACACACAGCCACACCUCAGCCUCAUACAACCAGCUGGGGCUGUACCCCAUUAUCUGGCAGUACCCCAACGGGACCCGCUCCUACCCCCCAGGACUCAACAUGCCCGGGUCCAAGUGGGUGCACCCCGAAAACACUGUAAACUCUGAGACCAACAUGAGGAGGAACACGGCCAGCCCUUGGCUGCACCACCAGCACCCUGUCUCCUCCUCUGACAGCCUGGGCCUACUGAGCCACGUCCCGGUCCCGGUCCGCCCAGCCAGCGCCGACCCUCACCGGUCCGACCCCCACCGGCUCAUCAAGAUCAACCCUCACGCCAGCCCCCCUCUGCCCCUGUCCAAGACCGCUGGAGAUCUUCACAAGGAGGAGUUGGACAAGGGUUUUGUGGACCCCAUCCGAACCAUCACUCUGGCCCACCUGAAGCAGGAGCAGGACCGCAGCAGAACCCCGACCGGGAAGGACGGUCACCUGCACCACCUCUACCUGGAGGCCCAGCAUAAACAGCAGCAACAGAGGAUGGUCCAGCAGCAGCAGGACGCAGGGGAGAGGGACCGGGCCAGUAAGUACAAGGAGGAGAACAGACGAAUCCUCCAGGAGAGCAUCGAGGUGGCCCCCUUCACCGCUAAGAUCCGCUCCAGUGAGACUGACAGGGAGCCUAACCCAUACCGCCGGAUCCCCUCGCUCCCCUCCCUGCCCCACCCCCACCCCCAGCGCCUCCAUCAGGAGAAGGAGACGGAGCAGCCUGCAGCAGACCUGUAUCAGUUUAAACAGCAGGCCGUGUCCCAGCACAGUCUCCCCCAGAGUAACUACUUCACUACCCUGUCCAACAGUGUGGUCAACGAGCCGCCACGUCUCUACCCCUCUAAAGAGCUCAACACGUACUUUGAGAAGGUGAGCAGGGAGCAGGGCUCAGCAGCAACCUCUAGUCUCUCUCUGGGGGGAACGUUCAGGUCCAAACCCCCUCCUCUCAUCAAACACCAGCAUGAUGGGGAGGGUCUGGUAGGGAAGAUAUCAGAGCAGCUGAACCAGCAGGUUGGCCUAUCCACCGUGCAGAGGUAUCCUCUCAGUACCAUAGUCAGCCCUGUUAGUCCAGAUAUCUCCCCUUCCUCCAGUCAGACCCAGAGUCAGACCCAGAGUCAGACCCAGAGUCAGACCCAGCUAAGGUGUAUGCCAGCUCUGCACCGCGCCCCCGUGUUCCACCCUCCUAUCCAGAAGACACUGGACAGGAAGGAGACGGGCUACGGCCGUCUGUCUCCACCCACCCUGACCCCCAUCCAGCCAGUCAGCUCGGCCAGUAAGGUGUCUGAGCAGCAGAAACCGCCCACCCUUCUGCCCGAGCUACGGGAGGUCAGCGCCGUGUGUAAGGGCGGGGCAGCGAUGACCUCAUCCGAGGUGUUGCGAGCCAGCGACUCUCAGAGCCAUGACAAGCUGGGAUGGCAUUCUGAGAGGAGCCACGGCAGGAAGCCCGGGGCCACCACGCCGUCUGUCAUCGUCCGGCCCUCUACGUGUAUUAAGUACGACGGCUCGCCAGGCGCCAAGACCUCUUCUUCGGCCAAGGACUCUCUGACGGGGAGGAUGUUCCCAGGCGGUGGGCCUCAGACAGUCUGCCUGAAACUGGCCGAGGAGAGAGAGAGAGACAGGGAGUCUGGAGGGAAGGUGAUCCUGCCAAGCACUAACUUGGAGGAGGCAGUCUGCGUGCAACAGUACAAGAACAACUUUAUUAGAGUGUCCCAGUCUCAGGGAACCUUUCCAGUCUCUGUCUCGGCUGCUGCCAACUCUGUGUGCAAUAUGAGGAGCGAUGUGACCACGUCAGCCUCCAACAUGGCCUCCUACAGUGUGCUGUGUAGAAGAGAAGAGAGGACCUACUGUGGGUCCAAAACCUCCAGCAGUAGCAGGACAGAGAGCUGUGGCCCCCAGGGCAGGGCCUUCCACUCAGGGCCUGGGUUAGGGCCAGGGGCUGAGCUCCAGCAACAGGAGGGGGGCUCCUCCAGGACCUCAUCCCCCAACCUGCACCCCGGGCCCAGACCCAGCCUGGCCAGCAGCACCCAGGUCUCUCCCAGCCCCAGCCUGUCCUACUCUGGGAGCUUUAUCCAUCUGAAGAAGCACAAGGCAGCGUUAGCAGCAGCCCAGCAGUCCAGAGGCCCUAGCAGCAGCUCCAGCGGUAGUGGUUCUGAGAGCCUCCACAUCUCCCCUCCACCUCCCCUUGCCUCAGCCUCAGCCCAGGACCACAGAACCACAGCAAGCCCAGGACCACAGCAAGCAGGAGCUAGCCCCAGCCCUGGCCCCCUCCCCAAUGGCCAGCCAGCCCAGAUGAACCAGAGCCAGUCUCAACCCAACUACCACAAGCUGAAGAAGGCCUGGCUAACCAGACACUCAGAGGAGGGCAGUAACAGGAAUAUUAACACUAUGAUUAAAACAGAGGAGGGCAGUAACAGGAAUAUUAACACUAUGAUUAAAACAGAGGAGGAUAGUAACAGGAAUGUUAACACUAUGAUUAAAACCGAGGACAGUAACACUAUGAUUAAAACAGAGGAGGCUGAUAAGUCUGUUACCAGCACUGUGAACCCCUCUGUGUCUAAGUCUGUUACCAGCACUGUGAACCCCUCUGUGUCUAAGUCUGUUACCAGCACUGUGAGCCCCUCUGUGUCUAAGUCUGUUACCACCACUGUGAGCCCCUCUGUGUCUAAGUCUGUUACCACCACUGUGAGCCCCUCUGUGUCUAAGUCUGUUACCACCACUGUGAGCCCCUCUGUGUCUAAGUCUGUUACCACCACUGUGAGCCCCUCUGUGUCUAAGUCUGUUACCAGCACUGUGAGCCCCUCUGUGUCUAAGUCUGUUACCACCACUGUGAGCCCCUCUGUGUCUAAGUCUGUUACCACCACUGUGAGCCCCUCUGUGUCGAAGUCUGUUACCACCACUGUGAGCCCCUCUGUGUCUAAGUCUGUUACCACCACUGUGAGCCCCUCUGUGUCUAAGUCUGUUACCACCACUGUGAGCCCCUCUGUGUCUAAGUCUGUUACCACCACUGUGAGCCCUUCUGUGUCUGAGAUGGAGAUGAUCAAGCCUUGCACCGUCACUCUGAUUGCCUCCACCUCCAGUGACGUGGAGAUGAAGAUUGAAGAGGUCAAAGGUCAGGAGGACAAGAUGGCCGCUGAGGACAGGAAUACGCGGCGCGGGAGCAAGAGGACGUAUGACCACGACUCGGCCUCGGAGAGCGGAGAGGACUCUGACGCCAGCGAGAGCAGCAAGCAGGAGCAGAGGGCUAAGAGACAGCCCAAACCCACCUACAAGAAGAAACAGAACGACCUGCAGAAGAGGAAAGGAGAGGGAGAGAAAGCGGAGGAGGAGAAAGCCAACAGCAUCUUCCGGAGCGCCAGGGAGAAGACCAAGCUCAAACUGGCCAGCAGCAAUGGUAUCCCCCGCUCUGUGCUGAAGGACUGGAGAAAGGUGAAGAAGCUGAAGCAGACGGGGGAGUCGUUCCUGCAGGAUGACUCGUGCUCCGAGAUCGGCCCCAACCUGCAGAAGUGUCGGGAGUGUCGCGUUGUCCGCAGCAAGAAGGGGGAGCAGCCCGCUCAUUCUCCUGUCUUCUGCCGCUUCUACUACUUCCGCCGCCUGUCCUACAGUAAGAAUGGAGUGAUCCGUGUGGACGGCUUCUCCACUCCAGACCAGUUUGACGAGGAGGCUCUGUCCCUCUGGGCUCCUGAUGUGGAUGAGGAGAAAGAGGUGGACCCAGACUCCUCCCAGUACAUCCUGUCAUAUAUAGGAGAUCAGUUCUGUCAGAUGGUCACCACUGAGAACACUGCUGCUACAUGGAUCAAAAAAGAUGCAAAGAUGGCCUGGAAGAGGGCUGUGAGAGGGGUCAGGGAGAUGUGUGACGCAUGUGAAGCCACCUUGUUUAACAUUCACUGGGUCUGCCAGAAAUGUGGCUUUGUGGUUUGUCUGGACUGUUACAAGGCAAAGGAGAGGAAGAGCUCCAAAGACAAAGAGCUGUAUUCCUGGCUGAAGUGUGUGAAGGGGCAGCAGCACGGUCACAAGUACCUGAUGCCAACACAGAUUAUCCCUGGAACUGUUCUGACAGACCUGGUGAGCGCCAUGCAUAUGUUCAGGGAGAAAUACAGCAUCAAGUCCCACUGUGUCUGUACUGGGAAACACAACACCAUCCUCAACAAGCUGCCUGCUAUCAACGGAGUCUCUCAGGUCCUCCAGAACGUGUUAAACCACAGCAACAAGAUCUCUCUGUGUAACGUGAAGACAGAGCCUGGGCAGCUGAACCCCAGUCAGGGUAAAGCUGAGACUAACGGAGGCUCCAGCCCUGCCUCAGACACCUCCUCUGACUCCAAACUGACUCCCCCUGAGUCCCAGAGCCCUCUCCACUUCCUGGCUGACCUAGCUGAACAGAAGUCACGGGAGGAAAAGAAAGAAAACAAGGAAUCUCCUCUGGGUAAGGUGGUGAAGGAGUAUCAUGAUGUCAGCACCCUGGAGUCUCUCCACUGUAAAGCCUCUGGCCUGGUGUCGAACAGGCAUCAUGAUGUCAGCGCCCUGGAGUCUCUCCACUGUAAAGCCUCUGGCCUGGUGUCGAACAGGCAUCAUGAUGUCAGCAGCCUGGUGUCGAACAGGCAUCAUGAUGUCAGUAGUCUGGUGUCUAACAGGCAUCAUGAUGUCAGUAGUCUGGUGUCUAACAUCACAGAACAGGCCUCUACUCUAAGGGACCUCCUGACUACCACCGCUGGUAAACUACGUCUGGGCUCUACUGAUGCUGGCAUGGCCUUCGCUCCUGUAUACUCCACCGCAGCACAGACGGGGAAGAGUGGCCGUAGCAUGCCCAACAUCCUGGAUGACAUCAUAGCAUCCGUGGUUGAGAACAAAAUCCCUGCCAGCCGAGGAGCCAAGCUGAGUCUGAAGCUGGAGGCGACCAGCACAACUACAGAGGAGAGGGAGAUGAAGACAGAGAGGAAGAAGCAGCCUGGGACUGGGACAGGUCCUAACCUUAACACUGGGACUGGGACAGGUCCUAACCUUAACACUGGGACUGGGACAGGUCCUAACCCGAACACUGGGACUGGGACAGGUCCUAACCCGAACACUGGGACUGGGACAGGUCCUAACCCGAACACUGGGACUGGGACAGGUCCUAACCCGAACACUGGGACUGGGACAGGUCCUAACCCGAACACUGGGACUGGGACAGGUCCUAACCCGAACACUGGGACUGGGACAGGUCCUAACCCUAACACUGGGACAGAGGACCCUCCUGUAGCCAAGCUAGAGAAGACCCUGCAGCUCCACGCUGACAUCCCCCACUGCUGGUUGUAUGAACGCAGACUGCUCUGGCUCAAAGACCACCGACACCCUGGCAACAGGAAGCUGUUCAGAGAGUGUUGGAGACAGGGACAGCCUGUCCUGGUGUCCGGGCUCCAUAAGCCUCUGAAUGCAGCUCUGUGGAAGGCUGAGAGCUUCAACCAGGAGUUUGCUGACCACCAGGGAGACCUGCUCAACUGUAAAGAUGGAGUUAUCUCUAACUCUGGAAUCAAGGAGUUCUGGGACGGCUUCGAGGACCUCACCAAGCGACCCAAGUCUAAAGACGGAGACACCAUAGUGUACAGGCUGAAGGACUGGCCAUCAGGAGAGGAGUUCAUGGCCCUCAUGCCUUCCAGGUAUGAUGACCUGAUGAGGAAUCUGCCCCUGCCUGAGUAUUGUGACCCUGAGGGGAACCUCAACCUGGCCUCUCAUCUACCCAGCUUCUUCGUACGCCCAGACCUCGGACCACGCCUCUGCUGUGCAUAUGGAGUGGCAGCGUCUCAGGAGCAGGACUUUGGGACAGCUAACCUCCACAUGGAGGUGUCCGACAUCGUCUCUGUCCUGGUGUACGUAGGAGUGGCCAAGGGGAACGGAGUCCUGUCCAAGACGGGAGUGCUGAAGAGACUUGAGGAGGAAGACUUGGACGACAGCGUGAAGAAAAGACUAAAGGAUUCCAGCGAGACGCCUGGAGCCUUGUGGCACAUCUACAUUAGCAAAGAUGUGGAGAAAAUUAAAGAGUUUCUGCACAAGUUUGCUAAGGAGCAGGGGGCGGAGGUUUCAGCGGAGCACGACCCAAUCAGAGAGCCGGGCUGGUACCUGAGCAGAAAGUUGCGUCAGCGUCUGUGGGAGGAGCAUGGCGUGCAGGGCUUGACCGUGGUUCAGUUCCUGGGGGACUCUGUCCUCAUCCCCGCCGGGGCGCUGCACCAGGUGCAGAACCUUCACAGUUGUGUCCAGGUGAUAAAUGAUUUUGUGUCUCCGGAGCAUGUGUUCCACUCCUUCCACCUGACACAGGAACUGAGAUCCUCCAGGGAAGAGCUCAACUAUGAAGAUAAACUACAG